GCUGUCGUCCAAUACCCGUGCCCAAACAACAGAAGAUAUUGUUGCUGCUAAGCACGCCACCGUUUUUUCCAUCACUUCAUCACCGUGCAUGGCAUAUAUCUGACGCAAAUUUGACCAUGACGCUCCACCGGGUCCACCCACGUCCACGCGCGCGCGCGCAGAGAGCCAGAGACAAGUUAUUCGACCAUGGACGAUCAAUGAAUGCCCUUGCCCAAGUUUUUUUUCUUCUUUUUUUUGAGAUUUGCGACCCCGUGGCCCGUGAGGAAGUGAGUACCAACGACUGAAGUUGACGGGCCGAACAAUUGCAGAAGAAACGGGCCGAAAAUCUGACGGGCCUAUUAACGAUGAAAUUUGGGCCAGCCCACGGAGUAGGGUCUAAAGAGGGGUGGCCUCCGGCUGGGCAGAUCGGAUCCGAGUUUUAGCCCAAAUCAUUUCCCGGAAUCCCCCUUCCGCUCCGCACCGGCACCGCUCACGCACGGCGAUCGCCGUCGGCAUGGCCCGCGCCGGCGUCUUCUCGCCGGUGCCGGGGAUGGGAGGACGCGCCGCCGCCGCCCGCGUACCAGCAGCGGGUCUGGCGGUGCGAGGAUGCGCCGCCUCGAAGCGCUCGACCCCGCCGCACUCCGCCGCCGUAUUUCCAGCCGGGGCUCGUAUCGCUGCCGCAGCUCGUCGCUUGGAGGUCGCCGCCGCAGCUGGCUUGGUGGUCGCGGCCGCCAGAUCAUCAGCAUUCCUCGCGGUUCGGCGCAGAGCACGUGUGGUUUCGAAGGCCGGUGAGGGCUCACCGGAGCAAACAGCUGCGCAGGAACCCCCACCACCCAAGGGCUCAAUCCGGAAAUUCUUGCUGUGGGUGUUCAAGAGGAUCAAGGAGAAACUAUUGAACAAGACUGGUGUCACCCUUAUCCUGCUUCUUAUCUCACUUGCCUUAGCUCUCCUUACCUCCAGGAACGUCCAGCCGUACUCAGGUCAUGCCACAUGUGUAAUCAACAUAUGCGAUAAGGCGGAGAAAGUGUUUAAAUUUGCAUCACAUUUUGUGCCCAUAGCAAUUGCGUUGUGGGAGUGGUUUUGGGACUGAUCGCUUGUGAGUGAGGACUGACGUAUCUUCAAUCAUCUUGAUGGUGAUACCAUGCAAAUAUACAGCUUCUUUAGUUUAAUGUUGCCGGCUACUUGUGAUUUUGAGAUACUAGCUUAGUACUACAAUCGAAUUGUCUGUUCUCUAUUGCGGCAGUUUAUAUAUGAGUGCUACAAAGUCUUUAUCACUCAUCUCUAGUUGUCGAUACGAUAUUGAUUAUCAGGUGCACGUUGUUCAGGAAGUUAUUCAAAUCUCUUAUUUGGCCUCUUUGUGUUUUCAGACUUCAGAUCAUGCAGUGUAGAUUGCAGAUGCUGAAUGGUGUUCAGCAUGCUGUCUUAAUGAGAUUGAAUGUGAUACGGAGAUUAGGAAAAGUGGUGAUAUGCAUGCUAGCGAUCACUUUUUUCAUAGUCUUGGUUAUAUUAGUCCGUGACUCUAUUUGAAGUAACUUGUGGCUGCAGAAUCUGGUUACAUGGUUUUUAUUUUCUCUGAUUUUGUGUGUUUUGCAUGAAUUCUGUUAUGUCGUGCAAGCCGUUCCAAAGUUCAGCAUCUGCAAUGUGGCAUUAGCCAGAUGAAGGCAUUGCAUUCCAUGUUCAAAUCAGCUGAUUAUGAUUAGUCAGUGGUUCAUUGAAAAAUGGGUGAUUGAAUAUCAAUAAGGCGCAUUUUCAAAUGAAGUCUUGGAUGGGAGGCUCCAAUGGUUGCAGAGGGCAUCUUGUCCCAAACUAGUAUGUGCUCAUGAAGGAUGAAUAAGCAAAUUGUCAGGGUUUCUUUGAUAUCCCUCAUCUAAUUUCUGUUUGCUUCUUUCACCUUUUCUGGAAUUUCUGCUUCUAUUUUUGGGCACUGUUACUGGAAAGUUGGCGCAAGAAGUUGGUUUAUUCAUUCAUGAAACGAACCAUGCCAUUGCCCAAGGAGGCAAGAUCAUGUUCUUUGUAUU